AUGGUGGAAUGGCGGCGCAGUGGUGAUGGAUUAUCGACAGGGCAACCUCCUUCCUUCAAAACAAAUGUCAACCGCCAGAAAACGAAACGAUGGGUAAAUGCAAAGUCCUAUUCGUACGAUGGCGAUGAUUGGGGUGAUGACGAUGGAUAUGAAAAUGAAGAACCUGCAGCUCCACUAGUUACUAUCCCAGAUGAAGCUAAGCAGCCAUCCCCACUCGAGAACCAAAAAAAUGAGCAAAAUAAUCAGGACGAAAUCCCUGCGCAGCAAAGUACAGCCCACGGCAUGGCACCGACACCUCUACAGUUCAUUCGCCCGGCUGACAUAUACAAACGUAUGGAGGAAGAGAGACGAAAGGAGAACCAGGAAGUAGAUCAAGACUCUACUCCUAGAGUACCAGUUGAAACAUCACAGGCUGCAACGCCAGCAGACAUUGCUUCACAAGUACCUGUAUCAGUAGGAAAUCCCCAGCUGCAGCAACCCCUUGAUCAGAGUGACGGGUUGCAGUCACAUUCGAUGGAGAUCCGGUCCCAGUUACCCGGUGGGGGGACGCCAGUUUCUCCAACACUCCCUGUCCAGGGGCCUCCUACUUGCGAACCUGCGGAUGGGCCGACGGGAGAUUUAUCUACUUCAAAAGGCCAGGAUAGUAGCGGACCAAACGAAGAGAGACAAGAACAACAACCACGAGCCGAUAACACUAGAUUACAUCAUAACUCGUCUCUUGUUUUCCGCUCUGUCGUUCGUCAGGCGUUCGAUGCACGCCUUGAAUCCCCAAUCACAACAUCAGGCAGCAUCCUCAGAUCAGAUAGCGCCAGUACCUCCAUGAUCAGCCCAAUAAUUCAGCCCCAACCUGUCUCCAACUUUGGAGAUGAACAUGCCCAAGGACCAUCAUCCACCGAUCAAGCUCCAACCGUUGAUAAAGAACCUGCGGAUUUUAAACAUGAUCACAGGCGGAGUUUGUCUCCGCCCAGCUCUAGAAGUAGCCCAGCUCGAAAGCCUGUUGCUCAUGGAGUAUCUCCAGUUAGCACACAUGAAGCCAAAGCGUCCGAUACCCAAGAUGGAGAAACCCAUGUUCUACCUUCACAUACGGCAUCGGAAUUCAAUAUCCAUGAAGCAGCUGCGGCACAAUCAUUGUUCUCAGCAAGUGCGCCUACAGUACCUAAAAAUGACGACCAGCGUACAUCACCACCAGCUAGCCCAGAUGUCCUUCAGCAGCCUACGGAGUCGCCUACGGUCACGCUCGAUAAGGUUGAGAGUCCCCAAAUGCCUUUGGCGCUUAAUGUAGGCAGUGGAGAAAAGCGACUUUCGCUAGCGCAAUACGAUCGGCCUGCACCAGGAAAUGUCUCGCCGUCUAGCCCUGAGAAUGUGUCAUUAGGUGUUAAUGAUCGCCUGAGAGAUGAAAUCAUGCGGUCGCUGACUCCGCGAGUUUCGAUUGACUCUCAGGAACAAGCGCAUGCAGGUGGUGGUUCCAACCCUAGCUUAGAAGCUGGACCUGACAACCCUUCAUCGGAAGGUCUAGGUACCGCCGCCUCACCUUCUAAUCUACCUCCACAAAUCCCUGAGAUGCAAUCAACUCCUGUCGCCCCAAGCUUCCCGGGUAUUGGUUCUGAGCACAACUCCGAUAUUUCUGGCCAGAAAGAGCCUGCCAAAACGUUAAAGAAAAGGUUCUCCUGGGAAGAAUCGUCCGUUGAGGACAAUACCCAGGACCCGCAGGAACAUCAGCAAUUGACCAUUGAUCAAGCUACCGCUUCAGAUAUGAUACAGCCAUCAUUGGAAGAAAAGACACUAACUGGUCCGGUACCCGUAAGUCGAGGCCACGAUGAACAAGACCCUGAGAGAAGCGCAUCUACGACUUAUAGCCAGGCGGCUCUCACUCUAAGCCCCACUAGGACUGAAGUAAUCCCUAGCCAAAAUGUAGCAGAACAUGAAACAAAUUCCCUUAGUACUCUUGUUCAUCCUCAACCUGCUUCUCACCCCCCAGCGACCCAAGAUCCCAAAUUGCUCGGUUUCCGUCAAAUAAUGGCCAUAGAAAAGCCCGGCGACAAAAUUAAAACAUUCGAGAGUACGAGGAAGCAAUUCGCAGAUAUGGACACAGGGUUAUCAUCCUGGAUAAAAGCAACAGCCAGCUCAAACCCCGAUCACGAGGACUUGGCUCAGCGAAAUGGCCGCCUCCCACCGGGAACUACGUUUACCCAUCGACCUAGCACGUCGCGGAAUAAGUUCCCGAAGCUCACUUCUUUAGGUCCCCUUUCUCUCCCAACGUCCCACCACGAGGGAUCUCCGACGACCACGCCGACAUUCGCCGGAAAUACACGACAUGCAUCCAACGCCAACCAAUUCGCCACGAAAAUCAACACGCAGCAGGUUCAGGCCAAGGGUAAGGAUUUGCUGCACACCGCUGGUGUACUAGGUGGAAAGGCUGGGGGGGCAGCAAAAGGGCUCUUUGCCAAAGGGAGGAGCAAAUUCCGCAACAGCAGCAGUACUGAUAAGGGCUUUUAUUUUGACUUAUUCUUCGAAUUUCGGGCGUGGCAAGGCCUUUUGUCUACCCUUUGUUUUCGCGUUUUGCGAGCUCAAUUUGAGCAUGUUAACCACUCCCGCCCAGCCUUCUCGUCGCGGCACAGGUCGAGCUCUACCCUAAGCCUCGACGCACAGCAGCAAUCUGGUUUAUACAACGGUCAGCAAACCGCUGCAGCCGCGGCUGAUGCUGCUGGCAAACCGUUACCACGUCUGUUAUCGCUAAAGCUAGAUCGUGAGUCAUUUUCCAAUGAUAUGACAGUGACUUGGGAAGAGCGUGAAUCGAUGACAACGACAUCUGCUUCGGUGUCUUCUGAGCCGCAAACGAUGGUAACGUUGGGCGGUGGCGGCACUACCAACACUGUCGGAGACGGUACUUCAUCGAUGGUUCUAGAACCUUCACGGAAGACGGACAGGAAUAGUUGCCCUGGCACGCUGGAGUCGCCGACUGGGUCCCCUGUUGAUGCUCCGCCUGUUAUGUUGAAAGGGUUUGGGGAUAGGAAUGUGCGAGAACAGGUGCAGCUGCAAAUGCAGGACCCGCAGCCUCAGCCGCAGCCGCAGCCGGAGCGGGUCAGUUAUGUGGAUCUGAAAACGGAAGUCACUGUGUCGGCUGGGGAUGUGGGUUUUGAGCGUCCGGUGCAAGUGCAAGAAGAGGUGACGGUGCGGGGAGCGGCGAACGAGGAGGUUAAAGACGAGAAUAAAGCUGAGGCUAAAGAGGAGGCUAAAGAGAAAACUAAGGAUAAGGCCAGGGUUAGGGUGGAAGAGCUGGUUGACGAGAGCGUUGAGGAUAAGACUAGGGAGGUACACGAAACCAUAAAUGAGGCGUUGCGACAAGAACCGCCACAAGAGCCGCAAAAACCGCAACGCGAAUUGCAAGAGCCCGAGGAGCCGCAGGAGGAGCCACAACAGGAGGCACCUGAACAAAAAUCCCAACAGGGAGCUCCUGAUAAGUUGCAACCGCAAGCUCGACCGAAAGUACAACCAGUAGUGCAACCGGAAUUGCAAGAUGAGAUACAAAGUCCGACCGACUCCGUGGAGGAACGGCCAACUUCAUCCGCCGCCCUAUCAAUGGUUGAUAACAGGGCUUCGAUUAUGCCAUCUGAUUAUGCAACCUAUACUAGCCCGCCAGUUGAGGAAGCACGAGCUGUCAAAGUCAUCGGUCGGAAAGCAAGCAUAAUUACUUCCGAAUUACGCACCUUUAUAUCGCGCGAAAUCACUAUUGGCAAAAAAGGGAAGAUGUCGCCAACCCCAGCAUCUGAAUCAGUUCUGGGCGUUGAAGGGAGCUCCCAACCGCCCCAGCCACCAUCGGGUAAUGAAAACGAACGUGGCCAGGUGCCCUCCAACGCUUCGCUGGCUAGGAUGUCGACAAAGUCCACGCCUGAAGCUACUCUCUCGAUCGGGCUACUGAACGAUAUAAACACCAGUCGCUAUUCGCAGCCAUCACAACCACAGCAAACCGUUUCCGCCCAACAAGUGGAAGGUUAUAUCCAUCGUAGUGAUGCGGCCUCAUCCUCCAGACGAGAGUCAACAGAGCCCCGAUAUGUCGGUGUUGAUAAAGCUGCGCAACGGGUUUCAGCAGAGCCAAAGAGUCCGCCGUCAACACCAGCCAUUAAAACCAAGUCAUUACCAUCUUUGCCUCCCGAGGACAAACCAAUGACCGACCGGCCGGAUGACUAUAACCCCAUAGACAAGACGAGACAGGAAGUUGGGAACCAGCAUGCAGAGCAGAUCCAAUCCCAGUCAAAACCAGUUACCGUCGAAUCCACUUACGUGAAUAAUAUUGCAACAGAAAAACCCCGCCUCCCUCCUCCUGUGCCGGACACCACUGCACAGCGUGAAAGGGCAGAACGUCAAUCAAGUUCUGGCAUCCCAGAUAGAAAGCCAGCGGAUCAGCCAUCUAUUAAACCAUUCGCUCCAAGGCAAGCUCCUAGUAUUCAACCUUCCAGUCCUCCAAGGAUCCCCUCAGCUCAGUUUGCUGCUCCUGUUAAAGAGGGGCGCUCGUCAACUCAGCUGAUACGCGACUACUUCUCACCCUCAGGGAACUCUUCAUCGAGGCCCCCAACCGUGCAGGAGGAAACCCGCCCAGGCUCCGCUAUGGCCAACCUGAUGUCUAAAGUGACCUUUUCCCGUCAGGCAACUGAUCGACGUUCAAGCGCUUCUGGGCAACCCAAUGAGAAGAGCUGGAGCAAUCGAUUCCAUUCCUUCAGAGUUGACUCAGGCCUUUCAAAAACCAGAACCGCGAGCACAAUCGAAUCGGAAGAGGCCCAACGCGCCGCAUCCCUGUCUAUGACGAAUCCCAACGACCCAUCCAUUACGUCGCCGAGCAACCAAUCUCCGGCUUCGAAAUUGAAAAUUCACGGCAAAUUUAUCAGGGGUGCCAACCGUCUUGCUCAGAACGCUGGUAACAUGAAAAAGAAGAACAUGCCAAAAGUUGCUGGUUUGUUCAACCGCCAUUCCAGGCAAGCAGAGUCCGCCACCCAGACGCCCCACACUCCUGAGUAUUCUCCACAUCUAUAUGAAACGCAAGUCACAGCUCUUGCACAGCAAAAGCAACCGUAUUCAAGUACAUACCCGAAUAGAUACUCGAAUUCAAUGCCACAUGACUAUCAACAGCAGCAAACUAAACAGCCCCAAUCGCAACCAGUAACCCAACCUGGAGGGCGCCGAUCAAUGACUUCGCAACACUAUGCCCAGGACAACGUGCAGCCUAGUCGUAACAGCCAGCAUACCAAUUUACCACCUCUUACCACUGUCCUUGCCCAUGCGACACCACCUGGGAAUCCUCAGUCCUAUUCAAACAACGCUCAACUGCCGUCUCACAACCCAAUGUCCUUUAUUCAGUUCCAGAACGGACAUGUCCCCGCACAACGUGCUGCACGAACCCAGUCUCCCGAUCCGGCUCAGCAUCCCCUCGCCGACGUCGCAACCAAGUUUGCUGCUGGCUCCCCACCUCCAGAAGGUCCAUCAUUCCCAAACAAGAUUCCACAAAAUCGGAACUAUAAUAACCACACACCAUCCCAAUAUAUGGCAGGUUCCGGCAAACACAUUGAGCCGGUUGAACUGCCGGUGCCAGUUCCCGGAGAUGACUCGAGUGAAGAAAUUGUCAUGUCCAGCACGGCAUAUCCCGGGCAGGAAUGGCAUCCGGAAUUCUACUUGGAGGAUUAA